AUCCAAGAUGUCGUUUUUCGGGAGCAAUCCGUUUGCAACGCCCGUCGGGCAAAGAAUAGAGAAGGCCACCUCGGAGGGCCUGGCCUCCGAGGAUUGGGGCCUCAACAUGGAGAUCUGUGACAUCAUCAAUGAAACUGAGGAAGGGCCCAAAGAUGCUGUCAAGGCCAUCAAGAAGAGAUUGAUUGGGAACAAAAACUGGAAAGAAGUCAUGUUUUCGCUCACGGUCUUGGAGACAUGCGUCAAGAACUGCGGCCACCGUUUCCACAUUCCCGUCUGCAAGCAAGAGUUCGUCAAGGAGCUAGUGAAGAUCAUCCAGCCCAACAUGAACCCGCCCACGGUGGUCCAGGAGAAAAUCCUAAGCAUCAUCCAGUCAUGGGCAGAUGCCUUCCGCAGCAAGCCGGACCUCCAGGGCGUGGUCAAGGUGUAUGAGGAGCUCAAGCAGAAGGGGAUCGAGUUCCCGGCGACAAAUCUUGAUGAGUUGUCACCUAUUGUGACCCCUCAGAGGGGAACACCUGAAGUUGACCCUGCAGUCAGACGCCAAUCUCCAACUAGACAGCCCUCUCAACCGCAGAUGCAGCCGCAGAUGCAACAGCAGCAGAUGCAGCCGCAGAUGCAACAGCAGCAGAUGCCGCAGAUGCAGAUGCAGAUGCAACCGCAGAUGCAGCCCCAGAUGCAGGGGAUGCACCCACAGAUGCAACAGCAGUUUACGACCCCCUUUCCUCAACAGCCACCACUCAACACUGGGCCCAUCGCUGCACCAAUGAACAUGCAGGCUCCCCCUACGGCAGCCCCAGUUGGUCUGACCCCAGAGCAGCUUGCCAAACUCAAACGGGACCUUGAGGUCGUCCUGGGUAAUGUCAAGGUCAUGUCUGAGAUGUUGACUGAGAUGGUGCCUGGCCAAGAAGAAUCUGGUGACCUGCAGCUUCUCCUGGACGUGAACAAAACUUGCCGAGCUAUGCAGGGAAGAGUGGUUGAACUUAUUAGCUCCAUCAGCAAUGAAGAAGUCACAGGUGAACUUCUGAGGGUCAAUGAUGAUCUGAACAAUGUAUUUGUUCGCUUUGAUCGCUUUGAGCGCUACAGACAGAGCCAGGCCAACCCACAACCCCAGAUGGGAGUCACUCAGAUGCCGCAACCAACACCAGCACCACAACCUAAUGGUGUCAGCAGUGUUCCUCCGCCCUACCCCGCAAACUCCGCCCCUCCACCCCUCUCUGCAGCCCAGCCCACCCUGAUUGACUUUGGUGCCGAUGAGCCUCCUGUACCCAAUGCUUAUGCUCAACCUGCCCCAGUCACAUCAUCUGGGGACAUGUCACAGCAAUUUUCUAAUCUCGACUUAGCUGGUGGGAAUGUGAGUCAAACGUUAAAUCAGAUCAACUCGACGCCAGCGGUGCCCUCUGAUGAGUUUGAUAUGUUUGCACAGAGUAGACAGACUACCUACACAGACAGCAGGAAAAGUGGCAGUACGUAUCAAGACAUUUUGAAUUUGGACCAAUCAGGAGUCACGAUGGGGAAUCUGGUCAAUGCAAGAGCCAAUCCGUUUUCAGCUGCCCCAGUGGCCCAACCAACUCAGGAGACUGAUCCUGAUGCAUUAACUGAAGAGGGAUUGCCGCCUGGUGUUGAUGUGGAUGAGAUGGAGAAGUGGCUGAAUGCAACAGAUCUGGAUAAAGAAAAUGAUGGUCUUGCAGCUCAGAAUACCAAUGCCCAACCUGAUGGAGGGAUAACAAGUUCAGAAUUUGACCAAUUUCUUGAGACCCGAGCCAAAGCAGCUGAUACCCUCCCUCCACCCAAUCACAACAACACAUCUCGCCAGACGAAAAUGGAGGAGACCGAUAACACCAUGUUUGCCUUAUAGGGAUCACUUGAAGUUGGAUCUAACCAUUCAGAAAGAGGGUAGUGUUUUUUUAUUGUUUGGUUUUGAAGGGUGAUAGACGUUGGACAAAAAUAGAAUGUACAUAAUGAAAAUGUGCAUUGAUGUAAAAGAAAUUAUGUGUACAUAUUUAAACAAAAUGAAUAAGUAAUUCUCUGUUUUAAAAGACAUCAUGCAGUUGUAAAAUUGUUUAACAAUUAUAUUUGCCCUGCAUGAAUGGAUAAAACAAAACUAAAGUCUUUGUAUUUAGUGUUGUAAUAUACUAAUUAGUUAAAAUGAUAUAUGAGGGAAAAACCUAGAAAGAAAAAAUUCUAAAAUCUCAGCAGGCUUGUAAAAACUGUUUAAUUUUUCUAACUUGCAAAAAUUAUGGACUGCAUUUCUUUUCCGUUUAAAUCUUGAAAGCCGUGGUCCACCCUGGUUGUUGUGUACACUGUGUAAACAUUUUCAUUAGGUUGAAGAUCUACUGUUAAAAUCUUUGAGACAUACAUGUACUCGGAUAGCUUCUAAGAUGAAAAAGUUAGCUAAGCACAGAUGAGAUGUAUUCUGAAGCAGAAAUAGGAGUUUCCAGGAGGGGGGAAAAUCAGCCCCAAAAAACAAGGUUGUUUGGGUUUGAACAAAGUAAAAUUUACUGGAGUGGAACUUGAACCAACAACCUCCAGAUUAAUGACCCUUGUGGUUUCUUUACUUGAUAGUGAACUAGCAGACAAUGUCUCAUGAUUCAAAGCUUAGAAUGAAUUGGCCGGUUACAUUCUUAUUUAUGUAGAAUGUAUUGAUCAUAUGAAAGACACAUGCCUUAACUGGGGACUUCUCUGAAGUAGGGAAUGGUGUUAAAAGUGGAGAAAACUAAAACAGCAGACAAAUGAAGCAUUACACAAACUUGCAAACAGAUUAAAGUCUUUGUGGUGAAUAUUUUUUUUAGCAAACUAGACGUUGGUGUUCAUAAUGCCAUAGUUAAUAGCAACAUUUUAAUGUUAGGUAAACUCCUCCUUGAACAACAGGAGGAGACCGAUAAUAACCAUGGCAGUGAGACAGGGUGUAGCGUCUUAAUUGGUAUUUUUUCAGAAAAUGUGUACCAAAAUGUUAUCAAAGAAAUUGUUUUCAAGGUAUUUUGUUCCAUCAAAUCAAAAGUUUUAUGUACAUUGUUUUUGGAGCCUGCUGGUCGCCAUGGCUGUUUACAUGAUAAAUGCAAUUCGAAGUUUGUCAUUUUUAUUUUCAUUUUAUUCGCGAGUGAUUUACACAGAAAUGCUUCUGUUGAUUUAAGUCAAUUGUAAACAGAUUUUACACACAAAAUUUGUUUUCUUUAUUAUUUGCGAUGCACAACAAGAGUGUUCUCUUAAAAUAAAAGUAUUGAAAAUAUUUGUAAUGACACUUAAUUUCAAAUAUUUAUAUUUAGAAUUCAUAAUUUCAGAACACAUUGCAUGAUCUCAAAUAUAUUUUGAAACAUUUUAUUAGAUAGUCCAAAAAGAAUGGUUAUAAAAAUUACAUUUAUUGUAUGUUAUAUUAUAAAAUAUUUUUUUUUAUAUAAUUGUUUGACUUUAGGAACAAGGUAUAAAUUCUCAUUUUUCACAACUCAAAUUUUCUCAGUUAUCUGUGUUUUUUUAAUGCUAUAUUUUUGCAGAGAUUAACUAUUUUGACAAGUAGUCUUGACAAAGGAACGAGUGACAGCAUUAAUUUACUAAAUUGACAUAAAUAUAUCAUUGACAAUAGGAACUUAUUCAAAGACCCGGGUCCAUUCUUAUGGCUCUGAUCCAUGCUUACCUACCACAUCAUUAUGCAUUAACAGCCCUCUCAAAAAA